AAACACCAUUCUCUUUCUCUCCGCGUUUCUCCUUUUUCUCUCUCUAAACCGUUUCCCCACUAACGCACACUCCUCACACUUUACUAUACUCACUCCCUUUUUCCCUUCUACACCCCACUCUCACUCUCUCCAUAACCGUCUCUCUUGUUUUAUUCUAUGUAUCUAUGAAACUUCCCUAGCUUCUUAACUCUCUCUCUCUAGUUUUUUAUUCUCUCCCUGCAAUGGAAAAGAAACAGGGUUUUUUCUCUGCGCUCAAAGAAGAAGUAGUUCGCGGCCUUUCACCUUCUCGUUCUCGCUCCCGGUCCACCAGUCCCGCCCGAACCGGUUCACCCAUGUCCGGUCUAUUCACCAGAAAGAAACACCAACCGAACCACAACCCGGACGCAAGAUCCGGGGGUUUAAGGCCGUUAGGGGAGACCCUAACGCCGUUAAUUGAAGGACCCGAUUCAGAAAACGGGGAUCUAAAGCGAAUCGGGUCGGGUCUCGGUAACUGGAUGAAGGAUCAACUCUCUCGUGCUCCUUCCGUUUCGUAUAAGAGGUCUGAUCUGAGACUUCUGCUCGGUGUAAUGGCUGCUCCAUUGGCUCCGUUUCAUGUUUGCUCCACUGACCCGCUUCCUCAUCUCAGCAUCAAGGAUACUCCAAUCGAAACAUCGUCUGCCCAGUAUAUAUUGCAGCAAUACAUAGCGGCGUCUGGAGGGCAGAAAUUGCAGAGCUCGAUACGAAAUGCGUAUGCUAUGGGGAAGGUUAAAAUGGUGGCUUCUGAAUUUGAAACUGCGACUAGGGUGGUUAAGAAUCGGAAUGCUUCUAGGUGUGCGGAGUCUGGUGGGUUUGUGCUAUGGCAGAUGAAUCCUGAUAUGUGGUAUGUUGAGCUUUCUGUUGGGGGAAGUAAGGUUCAUGCGGGAUGCAAUGGGAAGCUUGUUUGGAGGCAUACUCCUUGGCUUGGUGCUCAUACCGCAAAGGGACCUGUUAGGCCUUUGCGCCGCGCACUUCAGGGGCUUGAUCCCAGAACCACUGCCAGCAUGUUUGCUGAUGCCAGAUGCAUUGGAGAGAAGAAUAUCAAUGGAGAAGAUUGCUUCAUUCUUAAGCUCUGUACUGAUCCAGAAACAUUGAAGGCUCGGAGCGAGGGUCCUGCUGAGAUUAUAAGACAUGUCUUAUUUGGCUACUUUAGCCAGAAAACUGGACUUCUGGUUCAUAUAGAGGAUUCUCAUCUGACCCGCAUCCAAUCUAAUGGAGGUGAUGCGGUUUAUUGGGAAACUACCAUCAAUUCAUUCCUUGAUGAUUACAGGCCUGUGGAGGGGAUUAUGAUUGCGCACUCCGGGCAUUCUGUAGUUACUCUUUUCAGGUUUGGGGAGAUGGCCAUGAGCCAUACCAAAACGAAAAUGGAAGAAGCCUGGACAAUUGAAGAGGUUGCAUUCAAUGUUCCAGGUCUCUCGUUAGAUUGCUUCAUUCCCCCAGCCGAUUUGAAGACAGGCUCUGUCAGUGAAGCUUGUGAACUUCCUCAGGAUGAAAGAGGAAAGAACUCACUUGGAGGAGUACAUCGGACCAAAGUUGUUGCACUGGAGAAAUCACACGAGUGCAGCAUUGACAAGAUGAUGUGGAAGAUGGAAAUCUAAUGAUUGGAGUAGAGGAUCAAUUCAAGGCAAUUGUUCAUAGCAGCAGUCACUAGAUUUUGACUACUAACGUUUAGGUUUUAGAGUAGGGGUUUCAUUCGGUUCUUUGUGGAAGUUUUUUGUUUAUGCCUCUAUAUAUAAUCUGUAAAUAGAGCAUAAAAAUUCACAGGUGUUAUGCAGACCUGAGUGAAUAUUUAUACUCAUGCAGAAACCAACAAAGGUGUUGGAGCUCGGUUUCCAUUUCGGAAUAGAGCAAAAUGGAGGUUAAAUUUUUAGUUUACCUUCCAUAAAUGAGGGGGAAGGUGAAUGAAGCUUUGGUAUAGUAGAGCCAUUAAACUUUUGUUACUUAGCAACUUAUCUAAGUUCAGUGUCGGUGGUGGUAAUAUUAAAGAGCCUGCCACUGACCAAAGCCAGUUUGACUCUAACAGCUUCUAUGAGGUGUAGAAGUUCUUUCUGUGUUUGAAAAUUUAAUGUAAGGAGGGUGUUUUUGAUACUGAGACAAUACUCAGUUUUCAUUGAUGUACUGGCCCAACAUCUCUAAUAUCAGUAAUAUCUUUCCGUUUGUGUUA